AUUGUCACAAGCCAAGGCCGGACUCGACUCGACAUGGCGGACCCAAACGCGAACGUGAAGCUCAACUCCCUGUUCGGCAAGAAGAAGAAGAAGAAAUCCACGACCGUCAACGCCAACGUCAUCGUCAAGACCAGCGCGCAGAAUGCCGAGCGCGCCGCUGCCGCCGCCGCCGCGGCCGCUCCCCCCAAGCCCGCGCCUAAGGCCGCGGCGCCCGCUGCCACGGCGUCCGGCAAGAAGCUGUCGGACCUGUCGCUGAACAAGGAGGAGCAGGAGCAGGAAAAGGCGGCCUUCCAGUGGGCCAAGCAGCCCAAGAAGUACAAGAACCCGGACGAGAAGGAGGCCGUUGCCUCCACGUGGGCCGAGCAGGAGGAGCGCAACCGCGUGAACCGCCGCAUCCAGCUGGGCAACGAGCGCGCCUUCCCGUCGCUGGGCGCGGACGCGGCCCAGGCCCAGAUGCAGAGCAUCAAGGCGCCCAGCACCAAGGCCGUGGCCACCAAGAACGCCUGGGCCUCGCUGCACGACGACGAGGACGAGGACUAAAGUGAGCGAUUAAAAUUGCUCUUCUCCUCUCGCUCGGAGACCCAAGCAAUGUGUGGGGAAGAAGGCCAGGGAGCGAGGAACUGGCAAGAUACUGAAGGACUCUCGCUCUGUCCAGCCGGGAGUACUAGAAAAAUGCUGCUGCUCAACUGUGUGGCGAUCGCCGUCAUGCAACCGAAGCGCGGCGUUGGCAGGCGGAGCUAGGACACAAGAA